AAUAUUGCUGAUAGUUGACAGCAGGCGAGUGAACACAAGAAGUGAGGGGAGGACUGAAAUCUGGUCUAGACAGAGGAUUUUCUCUUCUCUGGAGCUUCAGAGAAGUGUAUGAGAACCACACUGUGCUGCUGGAUGGUUGACUGAGCCGUGGAGGAACAUCUGGUAUACGUCUAAAUCCAAGGUGAAAGUCUUGAACAUAAUACUAUCUCUGUCAGCACUUCAGGCAACACCUUUAGUGCUUAACAUCCCAGGUGGCGUGUGAUCUGGUGGGAUGGCAGAGGGCGGUGUGGGCACCUGCCCCCAGGUGUUUGUGGUGGACAGCCAGGCCACUCAUGUCUCCAUGCCCAGCGAGAAGAAACAGAGGUGGAUGAGAGGAGGCCAAAGGUUUUUCCUCCCGCUGGUGGGACUGGUUGUGUUUGGACUGAUCGUCGAGGGCUGUUUCAUCUACAAACUCUACAAAAAAACAGAGGUUAUUUCCCUCUGUAGGCUGCAUCCACUCUGUCAGAACCUGUCCAACCCCAGUGCAUCUGGUCAACAGGGCGGGGUCUUAAUGAGUCAAGUGGGACCUCGAGGUGAGUCCAAUGAGAUUCCUGUUGUGCAACACCAUCUGGACCAGAUCCAACAGAGGCCCUUUGCUCACCUGAUGGGUGCCAACAAACCAGUAGGAGAGAGCAAUGUGGUGCUGUGGGUAAAUGAAGGCGGCGAAGCCAUCACCCACAACAUGCGCUAUGACACAGGCCGACUGUUAGUUGAGAAGGAGGGUUACUACUACCUCUACUCCAAAGUGCAAUUAAACACUGCAGAUGAGUGUUUGCUUAUCCAGCACAAAGUCAUGAAAAACACAAGCGCCUAUGGCCAUUCCAUAGAACUCAUGAAAUCAAAAAGUUUCCGCUGCUGGACCCCAAAACCCCCAAGCCAGAAGGGUUCGGGGGCAGAGGAUUUGUGGAACAGUUUCCUGGCUGGGAUUUUCCACCUGCAGAGUGGUGAUAAAAUUUUUGUCACAUUAGAAAAUAUACAGAAGAUACGUCCAGGGUCUGUUGACAAUUUCAUGGGGGCUUUUAUGAUUUUUCCAUAGAAACUUUGUGAACACGUUCUAUGUCUUUUAUGUUGUGUUAUAUUUUAUAUAUCUAAUAUAUACAAUACAUAAUCUAAUAUAUACCGUGCUUGAUGGCAAGAGGUAGGGUACAGGUAUUGGACAGGUCGCCAAACUAUACAGGCCUACAGGUCACCACGUAUCUUAUCCUGUAUGUCUGUGAACUGUGGGAGGAAGUCGGAGUACCUAAGGAAAGCAAUGCGGGCACAAGAAGACGAUACAAACUCCACACAGAUACAAAGCUGUGACACAAGUGUGCUAACCACUGCACCGCCAUGCCGCCCCGUGUUGAAAUCACUUAUGAAAAAAACAAACUGUUGUGAAAUCAUAAAGUAUCUGAUAUUCAG